UUCAUUGUGUGAUACAAAAUAAAGAUGAAAGAACGACUCGAGAUGAAUGUGUUUAAGUAGUUGCUCCUUACUACAAUAGAAGUUACGCUAUAUAUAGACUUUACUAUUCCUGCGUGUGUCGCCUGACCACUACGUAAUGCAAAUGCCAAGAAUGGACUAGGUCCGUGCAUAACCUCACGUCUGGUCGCAAUCGUCACGCCAACUCCAACUCGGCGGCAACACUCUCAACACAUCACCACCUAUUCUUCAUCUUCUUCUCAACCACCUUCUAUUAAUCUUCAACGCAGCGCGGGAAAGAAAGGAUCCAAAUCCAAUCCUAAGACGCACCACCCAACAUGGGAGCGCUCUUAUCUAUUCCCAUGCUGGCAUUACCCAGCGCUGGCACGCUGAUGUCUUUCGCUGCUAGCUGCUGUGGUGCAGCUACAUGCUCCAUGGUAUGCAGUGCUUGUGGUAAAUGCGGCAACAGUGUUGCUACUCGUAUCGCCUACGCCCUCCUACUCCUCGUCAACUCGAUUCUCUCCUGGAUAAUGCUCACGCCCUGGGCUAUCGAAAAACUACAACAUCUGAUGUUAGACUACGUCAAGAUUAAUUGCCCCAAUGGUCAAUGUUAUGGGUGGUUAGCUGUACACCGAAUCAAUUUCGCCCUCGGUCUCUUCCACCUCAUCUUCGCUGGUCUUUUAUUCGGUGUCGCGUCCUCGAAGAACCCACGAGCAUCUCUACAAAAUGGUUUCUGGGGUCCCAAGAUCAUCGCAUGGCUCGCCUUCAUCGUGAUGUCCUUCCUAAUUCCCGAUGCCUUUUUCCAAGUCUACGGAAACUACAUCGCCUUCAUUGGUGCCAUGCUCUUCCUUAUUCUCGGUCUCAUCCUUCUCGUCGAUCUCGCACAUAAUUGGGCCGAGUACUGCCUCGAGCAAAUCGAAAACACCGAUUCGCGGAUCUGGAGGGGUGUACUUAUCGGUUCGACCUUGGGCAUGUACUUCGCUUCCUUAGCCAUGACGAUUGUACAAUACAUCUUCUUCGCCGGAAGUGGCUGUUCCAUGAACCAAGCAGCCAUCACUAUUAACCUACUCUUCUGGGUUGUUAUUUCCUUUGUUUCCGUACAUCCCACGAUCCAAGAAUACAACCCGAAGGCCGGACUGGCGCAGGCCGCUAUGGUCGCGGUAUACUGCACUUACCUCACCAUGUCCGCCGUAUCCAUGGAACCCGACGACAAGCAAUGCAACCCGCUCGUCCGCGCGCAAGGAACACGCACAACAUCCGUUGUCAUCGGCGCCAUCGUCACCAUGUUAACAGUCGCAUACACCACCACCCGCGCCGCAACGCAAAGCCUCGGUCUAGGUAACAACCGCGGCGGCAUCCGCCUCGCCGACGAAGACGAACAUGACCUCGUGACGCAACAACCCGGGCGCCGGGAAAUGCGUGCUGAAGUCUUGCGGCGAGCUGUCGAGGAAGGUAGUCUACCCGCCGAUGCCUUACUCUCCGAUGAUGAUGACGAGGAUGAUGAUAAGGGGAAGACGCCACAUGAUGAUGAGAGGAGUAACACGCAGUACAACUACUCCGUUUUCCACAUCAUUUUCUUCCUUGCUACGUGUUGGGUUGGCACGCUGCUUACGGGUACCGUCGAAGGGUUGGAUAAUCUCCCCGAAGGUGAUAAUUUCGCGACGGUGGGACGGACGUAUUGGGCUAGUUGGGUUAAGAUUGUGAGUGCGUGGAUUUGUUAUAGUAUGUACAUUUGGACGUUGGUGGCGCCGAUUUUGCUGCCCGAUCGGUUUGAGUGAGCUUAAGUGGUGGUAAAGGGGGUAGUAUAGUUAAAUAAGGGUGGCUAGAAUGCCUUUUGCGCGGCGUUAAUUGAAUACUCGUUAAAUUUGUCGUGGCUAUGGGUUUUGAUUUGUUUUGAGUGUUAUGUGAGUUCCUAUAUGCUUCUGCUUAGAAUAUCGAAUAAUGACCACUCUACUAUGAUCGUCAAGCUUAGUGGUGAGAGAAGACGGUUCCUUUGUUACUUUACGAUAUAGGUC